UCAAAGAAGAAAAACUGUUGUGAAGAAAGGCUUGCCUGUAGCAUCCAAGGACGGUUCAAGUUUUCAAAUUCAGUAGUUAUUUAAUUUCUAAAGAGGCUACGAAGAGAAUACGAUCAAAAUUGGGUAUUUGAUUUUAUUCCUCGCGUGAAGUAGUGUAACACGCGAAAAAUUCAAAGUUUUUUAUUUCAUUCAGAUCAUCCAUCACUCCGAACAACAUACUUUUCAACCAACACUUGUCUAAAAUUCGACAGACCUUUACAUCAAAGUAAGAAUUAAAGCAAGCAUGGGGAGCUUUGCUAGUAAACUGUUGGGUCGCUACGGAGAAGAUGUAACAGAGUCAAAGGCCAAGUCUACAUGUUUAGAAGAAACUGUUCCCUGCACUCCAACAGCUGUAAAAAAAACAGCACCAGUAGAUCCGAGAUCAGCUUCCGCUGGAAUCCCUCGCACUCCAAUUGAGAUCGUUUACACACCACCGACUGCACACAGACGCCCUAUCAGUGCCAUACCACCGUACUUGCAAAAAAAACAAUAUCUAGAAACGGACUUGGAUGAUAUUGCCACACUUGCUCCUCGCAAAGGUUCUCCUGCAAUGCCACCAGCUACUGGCAUUCUAUCUGUCCCCGAUUUGAAUGGCUCGCCAAAUGUCAGUAAGAUGAAUCGACCAAACAUAUGCGUCAUCGCUGAAAGCCCGUUAGCUGCCAAGCAAUCACAGGAUACUGAUACACUUGUUGAUGAACUGCGCUACAGAAUUUUCGGACUUGAUCCUAGGUCGCCUGCCGCAGACUUCAGCAGAACUCCUAUACUUUCACCUAAAUCCAUAAGACGUCUGAAGGCACGGUCUUUUGAAAACCUGAACAGACGUGAUAGUUACUUUGAAUUGAAUAUCCCACGCCACACGAGAUUAUCUUACUGCGAAACUACCACAGAGGGUUACAUCGCAGAAGUUCUUGCAUUGCCCGACAUUGCGUUGAACCAAUGCACAGAUUCGAGCUUGCAUUUGUUAGCAAAAAAUUUGGAAACUUGUGAUUCAUGCAGCACCAGUUCAGACACGAGUAUAGAGACUAUUUAUGGUGAUUGCGAUGAAGUCACAGUUAUACCCAACCCCAAUGUUAAGUUGGGACAAAGCAUUCCUACUUCGCCUGUGGCGUCAAGUUCAGGCUCUAGUAUCGAAGUGAUUGACGAUUGUCCGGAUGUCUCUUGUCCAGCUCAGGCUGAAACAGAGGAUUACCUCCAUGGCCCAACGGAAAAGGUCAAUCGCGUUUUAUCUAUUGCCACAAAAGCCCAUGAAAAACAAAAGUUAGUUUCUGAAGUCGAGAAAAGAGUUACUGUCUGGAUGGACUCGAUAUCCUCUGAGGUUUCAGAGACCCUAAAACUCAACGUGCCCAAGGAUCUAAUACCAGUGCAAGGCGAUGUUAAUUCACUGCCGAAUGAAGAGGUGCUAAUAGAAUUUGAUGAUGAUGAGAUAACGAAACCCACGAAAACUCAAGCUACAAAUCUCUUUGAUGAAACUGAGAAAAGUAAAGUGAAGAGAGCAGAGACGGCAGGACGAAAAAAGAACAAUCUUGAAGUAGAUAGCAAGGUCUUCUUCCAGGAAAAGAUAUUCACUCCCGACGGGAAGAACAUUAACCAAGCACCAAAGGUACGCACGCCUCUUGGUAAUCGAUCAAACAACCAUGUUAAAGCAAAGAACAUGCCCAUGAAAUCCCCGCAGCAACUACUUCGAGGGAAAGUCAUGUCUGCCAAAUUACAUCAGGAAAACACGCCGCCACGUUCCAUAAAAUCAAAACUUAAUAGCACCCAGUGGGAUCCCGAUUCCACUUUCCUUAUUUAAAGA